AUGGUGGAUAAGGUGGCCUUUACCGAUGCUCGUGUAUUAAUUACGGGAUCCAAUGGUUCGGGUAAAGAAUUGGUGGCCUAUUGGUUGCAUCAAAAAAGCCAUCGCAAUAUUCUACCCUUGAUUGAGGUGAAUUGUGCGGCCAUCCCUUCCGAACUUAUCGAAAGCGAAUUGUUCGGUCAUGUAAAAGGAUCUUUUACAGGGGCCAUUAGAGAUAAGGCAGGUAAAUUCGAGCAAGCCCAUCAAGGAACCAUUUUUUUGGAUGAAAUUGGCGAUAUGACGUUAUCCGCCCAAGCCAAAGUUUUGCGGGUAUUGCAAGAGAGUAAAAUCACCCGGGUGGGUGGUGAAAAGGAAAUAUCCGUGGAUGUUAGGGUUUUGGCAGCCACCAAUAAAGAUUUAAAAAAGGAAAUAGCCGAAGGUCGUUUUAGAGAGGAUUUAUACCAUCGGUUGGCC